AUGGAACCUAAACCAAACGCCGUCGUUUACGACUCCUGCUCGCCGUGGAUCCUCGACGUGUGCCGGAAAUAUCCCGGCGUCGCUGCGGCGUCGUUUUUCACUCAGUGCUCCGCCGUGAACGCGGUUUACAUCCAUUUCUUGAGGGGAGAGUUUAAGGAGUUUCAAGACGACGUCGUCUUGCCUGCGAUGCCUCCGUUGAGAGGUAGUGACUUGCCGGUGUUUUUGUACGACAGUAAUAUUUGCCGACCGUUGUUUGAGCUCACUUGUGGCCAGUUUGUGAAUCUUGAACACAUUGACUUCUUCUUGGUUAACUCUUUCGAUGAGCUCGAAGUUGAGGUGGUAGAAUGGAUGAAGAACCAAUGGCCAAUCAAGAACAUAGGACCAAUGAUUCCAUCAAUGUACUUAGACAAACGAUUAGCAGGCGACAAAGACUACGGAGUCAGUCUCUUCAAUGCUCAAGUCAACGAGUGCCUUGAUUGGCUUGACUCAAAACAGCAUGGUUCAGUGAUCUACAUUUCCUUCGGAAGCUUAGCGGUUUUAAAAGAUGAUCAAAUGAUCGAAGUUGCGGCUAGUCUAAAACAAACCGGGUAUAAUUUCUUAUGGGUGGUUAGAGAAAAAGAGAGAAAGAAGCUCCCAAGCAAUUACAUAGAGGAAAUUGGUGAAAGAGGACUGAUAGUAAAUUGGAGUCCUCAGCUACAGGUUCUUGCGCAUAAAUCAAUUGGUUGCUUCAUGACGCAUUGCGGGUGGAAUUCAAUUCUAGAGGCAUUGAGCUUAGGAGUGGCUUUGGUUGGAAUGCCGGCUUAUAGUGAUCAGCCAACUAAUGCAAAGUUUAUAGAAGAUGUGCGGAAGGUUGGAGUUAGGGUAAAGGCAGAUAAAAAUGGGUUUGUGACUAAGGAAGAGAUUUUGAGAUGUGUUGGAGAAGUUAUGGAGGAGACGUCGGAGAAAAGGAAAGAGAUUAGAAAGAAUGCUCUGAAAUUGAUGGAGUUUGCAAAAGAAGCUUUGGCUGAAGGAGGAAACUCUGAUAAGAAUAUUGAUGAAUUUGUUGCUAAAAUUACUAGGUAA